GAAGAGGAAGACGAAGAGGAAGACGAAGAGGAAGAGGUAGAAAAAGAGGAAAAGAAAGAAGUAGACGAAGAGGAAGACGAAGAGGAAGAGGUAGUAGACGAAGAGGAAGAGGAAGAAGUAGAUGAAGAGGAAGACGAAGAGGAAGAGGUAGAAGAUAAUAUUGCAUGUUUCCACUUCAAGAGGUUUAACUUUUAUGUCCCUUUUUGUGAUUUUGACAUUCUCCUGAUCUUUGAAGCUCCAGUGUCUGCCCCGGAACCAGCGAAGCCAGUGGAAGUCCAGCCCGAGCCUGUCGCCAGCCCGCCACCGCAGCCAGUCGCCCCACCUCCCCAACCUGCUGCCCCUGCUCCUUCACCACCUAAGCCAGCCGUUGCAGAACCUGGUUUCUUCGACAAGAUAAUCAACAUAAUCUUUGGUUUGCCCAAGGGGGAGAGGGAUCCAAAGUGGGCACAGCCUUGGCAGACGCACCCAGAGCACGCCAAGAAAAAAGUUGAGAAAGUUCCGGAAGUAGAACAGGGACCUGUUGGGCCUUCGGGAGGAAUCAUUGACAAAUUUGUUAAGCUGAUCUUCCCGACUGUUCCUGAAACAACAAAACGUGAUCCCAAAUGGGCCCAACCCUGGCAAACACACCCUGAACAUGCCAAAAAGAAGGUAGAAGUAGCAGAGGAACCUAAGGAAGAUAAGCCUGUAGGUCCUUCAGGAGGAAUCAUUGAUAAGUUUGUCAAACUCAUCUUCCAGACUGUCCCUGAAGGCACAGUUCGAGACCCCAAAUGGGCCCAACCAUGGCAGACACACCCUGAACAUGCCAAAAAGAAGGUAGAAGUAGCAGAAGAACCUAAGGAAGAUAAGCCUAUAGGUCCCUCUGGAGGAAUUAUUGACAAGUUUGUCAAAUUAAUCUUCCAAACUGUACCCGAGGGAACAGCUCGAGACCCCAAAUGGGCCCAACCAUGGCAGACACACCCUGAACAUGCCAAAAAGAAGGUAGAAGUAGCAGAAGAACCUAAGGAAGAGAAGCCUUCCCAGAAGGAACAAAGCGCGAUCCUAAAUGGGCCAAACCUUGGCAGACACACCCUGAGCAUGCAAGAAAAGUAG